CUUGUUGGAGAGCUGCGUGCCCGUACCCUACCAACCGUUGUACUCUGCUUCUCAUACAAAGUGCUUUAGUAUCUAGUUAUCUAAUCAACUCUUCUGUAUAUUGCUACCCAUAACGAUGGCGAUAUUAGAAGAACUUGCAACCUUUGCAAGAGAAGCUCAGAAACGAGCGGAUCAAACUCCCCGGAAUCCGCCGUCAUCCUCUAAAAUCACGCCCGUAUCAGACUCCGAUGACGACAGGAAAAGUUCAGACAAUGACGACUCAGAGACUGAGGAGUUCACAAACGCGACUGAAACUCAAGCGUCUGACGAGGUCUCGGCUGUUCAAACAAAUGAUGAUUCGAAACCAGCAGUGGUUCAAGGAGGAGAGUCCAGCGACGGUGCCACUGAGGAGAAAUUCUCACCAGAAGAAGAAGCCUCGUUACUAGCCGAGUCCGACGCACUCAAGACUUUAGGAAACAGUUUAUUUGGCGAUCAAGCGUACGAAGAAGCCAUUUUGAAAUACAAUGCAGCGCUGGAAGUGUGUCCGGUCUACCUCGCCAAGCCGCGUUCAGUUCUUCAUAGCAAUAUAUCAGCAUGCUACGCAAAGCAGGAGAAGUGGAAAAAAUGCGUGGACGCGUGCAAUGAGUCCUUGAAGCUGGAUCCUGAUUACAUGAAACCGCUGCUUCGUCGCGCAAUGGCGAACGAGAAGAUUGGAACCUGGUCGUCGCUCCAGAUCGCUAUGGACGACCUCAAACACGCGCAGGAACUCAAACCGGCGCGGGAAAAUCAACUGGCGAUGGCGAGGUUGGAGCCCAAGAUUGCCGAAGCGCAAAAGGCGGAGACGGCGGAGAUGAUUGGCAAGCUGAAGGAGCUCGGGAAUGGGAUCUUGAAGCCGUUUGGUCUUUCGACUGAUAUGUUUAAGAUGCAGCCGGACGGGAAGGGCGGGUAUAGCAUGAAUUUCUCAAAAUGAGGGCAUCUUUUCUAUUUUUGAUUAUGUAUAUUUCACUAUCUCCUCGGCACAUUUAUCAGGCGUUUAUUGAAUUUAUGGAUUUUAGCAAGAACAGUGAUAUUGUGGUUCAGAUAAUAGAAGAAUGAACUGUGACAGUAGUCAGUCGCGCGUAGUCCUAUUCCUGGUUGUUGAACGGCGCAUCCACGAUCCUCGAAAAUUCCUCCUGCAGAUAACUAUGGUCAACAACACUUGCAACA